GGAUUACAAGGAUAAGUGAGCUCAUAUGUACAUAAGGAGAGCUCGGGCCAUAUUCAAGUUGCUAGAAGCUACAGGGCUGCAGGGAUUAGCAGUUUCCCCCCUCUAGUGGGGGUAGUUUCUUGUUGCCAUCACGCCGAAGCUUCCUUACACCCUAAUGCCUUUUUUUCUGAGCCUCACCUCAAAUCUCCAACUUACAAACAGAACAGCAACAGCAAUCGCACUCACGACGGCGCGGCAUCCCUCCCUCAGCCCUGUCUGAAAUGCAGUAAUACUAUAUUUAGGGCGAUAGAAGCUCUAGGAAGUAAUAUCAAGACUGCCAAUUUGCCUUGAACUUUUUACUGUUCUCCUUUACCACUAUCGGCGAACCCGACAAUUAACAAUCUCCCAAGGAUUAUAUCACUUCCACAAAUUCCACAUGAUGCGCGCCAAUCUCCUGAGGCUUGCCCAAAGUGGCCGCGGCAACCUUUCCAUUGCAGCGCGCCGUGCCUCCGUUCUCAAUGUCAAUCAACGGCUCACAGCGAUGCUCUUGCCUCGUGCCGUGUCCCACCAACCCGUCCUGACGCGCCUCUUCUCUACGUCCUCCCCCGUCGCGAACCAGACAGCACCUAAAGUCGAUAUUGCACCUAUUACUCAGGCCGAGUAUCAUGAUUUGGCUGAUCAAUACCUCGACGCGGUGCUUACUAAGUAUGAGGAGCUCCAGGAUGAGUACGGAGAGGUUGACGUUGAGUAUAGUUCUGGCGUUAUGACCGUUAAGAUCCCCAAUGUCGGUAUCUAUAUAAUCAACAAGCAGCCUCCUAAUAAGCAAAUAUGGCUGUCAUCACCUGUCUCCGGUCCAAAACGAUACGAUUACGUGCGAUCCAGCGAGGGACAGGGUGAAAACCAAGAUACUAGCGAGGGAGAAUGGGUUUAUGCUCGAGAUGGCACGACUCUGAGCGACCUCCUAUUAAAAGAGACAGGCAUUGUAGUCGAAUUGGGAUCCGAGUAAAUGGUUUAAUAUAUUGACGACUAACUAAGCUCACAUCUCUCACUUUUGGGGGGUAAUUUGAAGACGAUAUGGUGUUUAUUAGAGGGAUGACGGGCAAUGAUUUGACAGAGGAGUUCGAGCUAGGGUUGUACCAUACCACGCUUUUGCAUCACGCGGCGGAGUUCAGGCUUCAUUGUGCUAUACCACUCAUCGCAUUAUAGUUAACGAGAAAGAAAAAAUAAUUAUUGCUAUUAUACCACACA